AUGUUGAACGAACAGGACUUAAUGGUGGCUCGAGCACUAGCUGCCGAGUCACGAGAUAAUUCACCAGGAGGAUCACCAGGACCAUUAAGGAAAAAUCCCCUGUCAUCAAUUGUCGACAAACUAAACACUUUUAGGAGAAGUAGAAGUAAAUCUAGACAACCGACUACGAGUACUAGUAAAGAAAGUACAGAGGACGAAGAAGAGAGAGUUGAUGUGUAUUGGUUACAUGUUUGUGAUGUGGUAAAUUUUCUAUUGAAAACAAUGUUGGCAAUAGAUUCAUUGUGGUGUGGUUCAGCAGAGGAACUGUCGACGCUGAAGAGUUGUAAAUCUUCAGAGCGAUCAGAGUAUAGAUUCCGACGUAGAUGUUCGAAGAGUUUGAUACCGCAAGCUCUGCUACAUACUCUACCUGACACAGAAGUUCGGUCUCACCGGCAACGACGUUCGGGCACUUGGCCGAGAACAAGGUCCCUAAACGCGCCAUCUCCAAUUCAACAAUUUGGACCAUGUGGCAGAAUAAUGAAGAACUCAGCUAUGGUUAUGCAAAUCCAAGACCCGGCGUCACAAAGGCUGACAUGGUACAAGCCACCAUUAACGGUGCUCGUUAUAAAAAAGGUGCACGAUGCGACCAUUCUAACACCAUUUGUUCAACUAGUUCAUUGGCUUGUCCAUGACAAGAGCAUGGUAGUCUUCGUGGAAGCAGCCGUGUUAGAUGACACUCUGCUCAAGGAGUAUAGCGACUUCACGUCGGUCAGAGAGCGACUGAUGACGUUCCGCGCGGGCACCGAUGACCUCACUGACAAGAUCGACUUCAUUAUCUGUCUGGGCGGAGAUGGCACUUUGUUGCACGCUAGCUCGUUGUUUCAGCAAUCAGUACCUCCAGUAAUGGCAUUCCAUUUGGGAUCGUUGGGAUUUCUUACACCGUUUGAGUUCAAUAACUUUCAGGACCAAGUGAUGAAUGUUCUAGAAGGUCACGCGGCAUUAACGUUGAGAUCACGUCUUCAAUGUGUGGUGCUUCGGAAGACGAGUGAGGAUGGCAAAGAGAAGAAAAAAACAACAACAAUACUUGUGCUAAAUGAAGUAGUCGUAGAUAGAGGCCCCUCGCCGUAUCUGUCGAAUAUUGAUCUCUUUUUAGAUGGAAAACACAUUACCUCUGUGCAGGGUGACGGCCUCAUAGUGUCGACGCCGACGGGCAGCACGGCGUACGCGGUGGCGGCCGGCGCCAGCAUGAUCCACCCGUCGGUGCCCGCCAUCAUGGUCACGCCCAUAUGUCCGCACUCGCUCUCCUUCAGGCCCAUCGUCGUGCCGGCCGGGGUCGAGCUCAAGAUCGCAUUAUCUCCCGAGGCGCGUAACGCGAUGUGGGUAUCGUUCGACGGACGCAACCGCCAAGCGUUGCAACACGGAGAUAGUCUAUACGUCACAACGUCAGUGUACCCGGUGCCGUCCAUAUGUGCACAGGACCAGAUCUCGGAUUGGUUCGACUCGCUCGCCGAGUGCCUGCACUGGAAUGUUCGCAAGAAACAAAAACAAAUAGACAAUCUAAGCGACAUGACGCACUCUUCGAGCGAUACUUUGGAGGAAAUUGAAGCAAAUCACCACGACGAAAGACCCGCUGACACG